AAAAUAAAAAAGUAUGAACUUAUGAAGUAUCGUGACACGCACAUCUCAUCCUAAUAAGUACGGUGGAGUGAGUAAUCAAAUUAUUUGGAGAAACGGAAGAAGAAUCGUUUCAGGCUGUGGAGACCGGAGGAGGAGGAGCAACCGCCUUUUAGCAGAGCAAUUCAUGGAAAAAUCACUCUGAUCGACUCAGCUACUCUCAGAAUCGCACACACUGUUGCUUCUACAAUGGAUUCCGUUCCUUAUUUCGACGGAAACAUCCACAAUAUUCUCGAUACUCGACACCUUCUUCAUCCUCGCCACGAUGUUAAUCAGAGUUUGCAGACACACUCCUCUUUGAUUCGAAGACUUUCUCAAGAAAAAGAGUUAGAGGGACAUCUUGGUUGUGUCAAUACUAUUGCUUGGAAUUCAAAAGGUUCAUUAUUGAUAUCCGGAUCAGAUGAUACACGGAUGAAUAUUUGGAGCUAUUCCGGGCAGAAGCUAUUGCAUUCAAUUGACACUGGACAUACUGCAAAUAUAUUCUGUACUAAGUUCAUACCAGAAACUUCUGAUGAUCUUGUUGCAUCUGGAGCUGGAGAUGCUGAAGUUCGGUUAUUCAAUAGGUCUCGCAUAAGUGGGAAUGGACUCAAUGAUAUUCCCAUUGUUCCAUCGGCACUUUACCAAUGCCACACUCGUAGAGUCAAGAAAUUGGCUGUUGAAAAUGGAAAUCCCAAUGUGGUAUGGAGUGCCAGUGAAGAUGGAACCUUAAGACAACACGAUUUCCGGGAAGGUACCUCUUGUCCUCCUGCAGGAUCUCCACACCAAGAGUGUCACAGUGUCCUACUUGACUUACGGAAUGGAGCUAAAAGGUCCCUUGCUGAUCCUCCUAAACAAGUCCUUGCUUUAAAAUCUGUUGAUAUAAGUUCAACUAGACCUCAUUUGCUCCUUGUUGGCGGGAGUGAUGCCUUUGCACGUCUGUAUGAUAGAAGGAUGCUACCACCUCUAAGCUCCUGUGGGAAAAGAAUGCCUCCACCUCCUUGUGUUAAUUAUUUCUGCCCAAUGCAUCUUUCUGAUCGUGGACAUCCAAGUUUGCACUUAACUCAUGUUACAUUUAGUCCUGAUGGAUCUGAGGUUCUCCUUAGCUAUAGUGGAGAGCAUGUUUACUUGAUGAAUGUAAAUAAUGCUGGAGCGAAUGAGGUGCAAUAUACUUCAGGAGAUGUUUCAAAGCUGACGACUUACUCUCCAAUAGUUAAUGGGGUAGAGUUGCAGCCUUUUGUGUCAAAUGUCUUCCCAAAUGGUUUCAAUACUAAAAAGAACAUCGCUGCCAAGCUUGACAAGUGUAGGAAGCUAAUAAAAUAUGCUAAGAAGUCAUUGGAGGAGGGGGCACCCUAUUAUGGAAUUGAGGCAUGUAAUGAAGUUUUGAAUGGCUACAAUCAUAUUAUUGGGCCUGCACUAAAACAUGAAUGCUUGUGUACUCGUGCUGCACUAUUGCUUAAGAGGAAGUGGAAAAAUGAUGCUCAUAUGGCUAUAAGAGACUGCCACACUGCUAGGAAAAUCGAUAAAUCUGCAUAUAAACCACUUUACUACAUGUCAGAAGCAUUGUCUCAGUUGGGAAAACACAAAGAAGCUUUGGAUUUUGCUGUUGCUUCCCAGUCGCUGGCCCCAUCCAAAUCUGAAGUUGCUGAAAGAGUGGAGAAGGUGAAGAAGGAUAUUGUUCUAGCUGAAACUGAAAAAAAUAGUAAGACAAAUGAUGGAGCGUCAAGGAUUGACGGAAGAGGUGGAAGAAUGCUAUCAUUAAGCGACAUUCUCUACCGAUCUGAGGCUAAUAGUGAUACUUCACAAGAUGGUCCGAGAUCUGACAGGGAUGAUUCUGAUUAUGACGAGGAAAUGGAGUUGGGCUUUGAAACAUCAAUAUCUGAUGACGAGGAACAUGAUUCUGAUUCAAAUAUUCUUCAUGGGAAUUUGAAUCUUAGAAUUCAUCGAAGAGGUGACUCGACGGAAAACGUUGGUGCAAGUGGCUCGUGCGAAUCACCCUCGUCGUCAUCAUCACAGAAUGGUAGAGCGUCAUACCAGCCUGAAGCGGCCAUUGAUAUGAAGCAGAGAUUUAUUGGGCACUGCAAUGUGGGGACUGAUAUAAAACAGGCCAAUUUUCUUGGUCAAAGAGGUGAAUAUGUUGCCAGCGGAAGUGAUGAUGGCAGAUGGUUUAUUUGGGAAAAGCGGACUGGUAGACUUAUGAAAAUAUUGAGUGGCGACGAAUCUGUUGUAAAUUGCGUACAAUGUCAUCCAUUUGAUUUUGUUGUGGCAACCAGUGGAAUUGAUAGCACAAUAAAGAUAUGGACUCCAAGUGCUCCUGUUCCAUCUUCUGUAGCUGGUGGUUCUGCAGGACCAGAAACUGGUGAUGUGUUGGUUGCUAUGGAGAAUAAUCAACAAAAGUUAUCCCGUAAUAGGGAUUCAAUCCUGCCCUUUGAACUCUUAGAACCAUUUAGAAUGCACGAGUUUCCUGAAGGAUCACUACGCUUGCGCCCUUUUGAAUGUGCCCAAAGCUAAAGAUUCACUAAUUUUCACCAGCUGUUAACCGGAAAUCCUUUAAAAAUAACAGAAUCUAAGAAUAGGAAUUCUUAGUUGCCAACGAACAUGCAUAUGGUCGACAAAUUGAAUUGACUGUACUGCUGUCCAAAUGUCAACCGGGGAUGUUUACCAUUUCUUGGAAGUUCAUGUGUUUUAGGGCAUUUUUAUGUUUGUAUUUAUUGAAUUGUAGAGUUAUUUUUGUCCUUUUGUACCAUCUCAUGUGCUAUGUUCGGGGGAACCUGUGAAUCUAGAUCAAGAUGAUCAAGCUGGGAGCUAUUAUCUGUUGUAGGAGCUUUGACCAUGGGAGUCAUUUUGAAGAGAAUAAGUUGGAACAUCGAAGUAAAUGAUGGGUAUUAUCUGGAAUUUCUUAUAGUAAACAGUAUUUUCCCGAAUUUAUAUCCAACGAUAUCGUUGAUUUUUUAAAUAUGUACAGAUUUACCAAUUGCCAUGUUUGCUGAUAUAAUGUGUAUAGCAGUCAAUAUUAUUAGAAUUAAUCUAAGUAUAUAGAGCUUUUUGUAGUUUAAA